GACAGGGCAGAACCCCGAGGAACACCACUGUUACCCCUUUCACGGCCACACGAAACAAUUAGCAGCACCAGAAGCAAUGCGUUAAGUCUUUAAAAACAUCUACAAGAAAGUUACCAAUGAAAAAGAAUACAUUUUUCAAUUUCUUCCCAGUUCAAAGAUUGGAUGUGGCUGUAGAACAAGUAAAAAUGUCUCAGAGUGAUUGGUAAUAGGGAAAGAUGCACCAAAUGGCAGUCAAAAGGAUUUAAUAGACUUAGGAGAACAGUGACCACCUACCACAACAGGGAUAGAACUGUCAGAAAGGAAACUUAAUAUGAAGUUACAGAGAUAAGGAUAGAAGCUGUAGGAGGGGGUAGUUUGGGAAUCAAAAUGAAGUGAGAUGAAGUUAUUAAAAAACAAAUAAACAAUUAAAUUCAUAUGGUGCCGAAAAAUAAAUAAAUAAAUACGUACUAGUAGUGUUGAAAAUAAAACGUAAAAGUAACAAGACAUGAAUUUUAAAAAGAAUUAAAAUCAUAUUAAAACCUAAAAAAAACUACAAAUUAAGCAGGCUGGGAUUUGAAUAUAUCCUAGAACAUAAGAACACAAAGGGGUGGUGCAGGCUACACGUGGCAGUCCCUGUAUAAAGGAUGCCUGCCUGUUUCCACCUACCAUCUCCAUUGUAGCAGUAGUAGUAUGACCCAACAUCCCCAUUCAUAAUUUUGUCUAAUCUUUUAAAGCUCCCAAAUAACUCAGAACCAACAAGAAAAUACAUCAAAUAAUAUUAAUAGUAAUAUAACAAAAACUAUAGCAACGUUCACUCUCGUCUUCCUCUUCCCCACAAAUCAAUCACUUCAGAACAACAAACAACAUUUUCUCACAAUUCUUACUCUCUUACUACCCUAUAUAAUGUUUUACUACCCUUCUUCCCCGUAACUAAGAAAAACAACAAUGGUUCUCGUCUCCCCGCUAAGCUAUUUCAACCGCUGUAUCACCAACAUAAUCACUGCAACAUUAUCUUAUCUUCAUUCCUCCACAAGCUGACAAGACCCCCAAACACUGCUAUUUAUUUCGCCUUGCUAAAUGAGAGACGAGAGACAAACAGUUAUGCCAAGGAGUUUGAAUAGCGUUUACCAUCUCAAGACGUGGAAAUCAAGCCUAACCAUCGUUAUAGCCUAAAUAUUUACCGGAGGAUCACUGGCCAAGGGCAACGAAAAUCCAAUAAAAAAAAAAAAAAGCCCACUGAGAUGCCAUUCCCAGAAAAGGGUCCAAAGCGGUAGUCAAAAAUUGAAGGAUAAGUGUCUUGAAACCUCCCUCUUGAAGGAAUUCAAGUCAUAGGAAGGUGGAAAUACAGAAGCAGGCAGGGAGUUCCAGAUUUUACCAGAAAACAACAACCGCCUUGAGUCAGCGAGGAACCAAGACAGUGUGGAGUCGGUGAAUCGAGUUUCGUGAAUCGCUGCGAGGACUGAUUCAUUUUUCCCCCACCACCGUAAACCACCUGCAAGAUUCUAACCUCGCCAAGGGGCUGGAAACUUUAACAUGGACAGGAGAUUCCAGCCAAUGACUUCCACUACGCUGGGAGUCAAGGGGGGGAAAGAGGAGUUCCAGCGAAACAUUGUAAUCCGUAGAGUGGAAAAUAUCAAGAGGGAAAAAGAGGAGUCCCAUGAAAGAAUUGAAACACUAGCAACGGGAAACAAGCAGAAGGAAUUCCAGCAUGGGUUUCAAAUCACCCCUAAUAUAAACAAGGAAAAAGAGGAACCCCAUAAAAGAACUGAAAUCCUGUCAACAGAAAACGGGGAAAAAGAAGAAACACGUCAGUUCCGCAUCCUCAAGCCUACCAUCAAGGAAAAAGAUAAACACUAUGAAACAAUUGAAAUCCUACCAACAGAAAACAGAGGAAAAGAAUCAGAACAAGCGUCUGAAAUCCUUAAACCUAACAAGGAAGAGGGAUGCUAUGAAAGACCUGAAAUACUGCCAACAGAAGUCACCAGAAAAUUGCAGCAUGUGUUUGAAAUCAUUGCUCCUCUCCUGGCUCGCUCUCUUGUUAUAAUCCUGUCUCUCUUGGUUCGUACAGUUGCUUUUAUCCUUCAAAUUAUACCCACCUUAGUCUGCGCUCUUGACGAUAUCUGUGAGGCUAUCGUCUCCCUAACUGUGCGCACUGCUUGUCAUGCUGGCGAGGUUCUACUGACACUCUUGGUUCAAACUGCCUGCCGUGUGUGUGAAGUCAUCCCGCCUCUUGUCCUCCGCAACGUCUUUCAUAUUUGUGAAGUCAUCGUACCUCUCCUGAUGCACAACGUCUGCCGUGUUGCUCUCACUGCCCUGUCCCACACAACACACACGGUCUGCAAUGCUGCCAAGACUCUGCUGAACCUUUUAGAUCGAUGCAUUUUCGAUCUCUGGUUUAUUGUUGUCCACAAACUGACUAAACUAAUGGUAUGGGUGGCUUGUAUCCCAGAACCCCCUCACCACAUGAACGAGGAUGGCAGUUUUUUGCUGAACAUCUUUCGGGGAACCAUUUUCCAUGUUUGUAUCGCAGUUGAGUAUGUUCUUAUUCACAGUAUUUGUAGUAUUUGUACAGUCAUUUUGGUCAUCUUAGACGAGACAUUGUGCAGUGUUUGUCAGGUCACAGUGAACCUUGUAGAUGAAGCAGUGUGCAGUGUUUGGAAGGAAGUGAUACAGUUGCUUAACGAAAAUGUGUGUAAUGUUUGGGUUGUUACUGUGCAGCUGAUACACUAUACUGCCAAGGAAAUAAUCACAACCUUUUUCAGUAUCGUUAAAUCCCUGCUACACCUCAUAGAAACAGAUGUAAGACAGUAUUGUAGAGACGUUGCAGCGAGCUUUGGCGAAGUUGACCACGACAUGAUGAGGCUAGCGAGGAAGUGACACUCAAUAUCUCUUAGGAGUCUGGUUUGUGAUACACACUUCAGAAUAAUACGUGGACAUUCUUACAUUAUCUUUGUUAUUUUGAAGCUAUAAUGUCGGGUAACAUUGAGAAUACUAGUGUUGCAAUUGUUAACAUUUAGCUAACUUAGUUUAAAUGAGGUUAAGUUAGGUUAAGGUAGUUUGUUAAGGUAGGGUAGAGUAAGUUAUGUUAGAUUACAUUAGAUAAGUAUGUUACAUUAGGUUAGGUUAAGUAAGAUUUUCUCAUGUCAAGCUAGAUUAAGUUAGGUUACAAGAUUAUUGCAAAAAAAACAAAAAAAAACAUGAAUUUUCCAAUAGAAUAUGAACGCCAGUCUUCGCCUUUGUCCUCGUCCUGCUUCGUGACUUACAGAUUAGAUAACGUUCCAAGGAAAACAAACACCAGCAUUUUUAAAUAUUACAAGACUCUGAGAGAGACUGAAAGUGUUGUAUCCAUAUUUCCACAGUGUUCACGGCUUGCAUUUCCUUAUCUCAGACCAAUAAGCAUAGUAUCUCCAGUGUUUGCGACAGGCUGUUGUGAAAGUCCUUGAGUCCUCGUGAUUCUACUGGCUGUUCAACAUGUUCUAGGGAAGGUUACGGAGUUUUCAAUGUUAUCACGAUGCUAGCACAUGAUAGAUUAACUGAGAAGCUCUAGUGAAAAUAAUUAGGGUUUUAAAAGUUGAUUCUUAUUAUUCUAAUGAUGUUUAGUGUGUUUUUUUUUCUUCUUUUUUUUUUUUGUGUGUGUGUGUGUGUGUCUGGAGUUGUCAGUUUUUUUUAAUUUAUUUUCUUAUUAUAAUGGCAGAUUAAGAGACUAGUGGAAAUAGCAGGGGUUUUAAAGCUGAUUUUUAAUAUUUAGCUGAUGGCUUAAUAAGCUCUAGUGAAAGUUCUUGGUGUUAGGAGUUUAAAGUAAAGCAUUGUUAUUGAAA